GGGUGGAAUUAUAAACCGCAGCUAGCAGCAGGCUAACAACCGCGAAGCGCAGAGAGCAGCCGCAUGUCUUCUGGGUGUGAACCAGAAGAAAGUGUCGAAAAUACCCGCCGGCUAAGGGGAGACAUCUUCCGCAGAAAGACUACAGCCUCUCAGCCGGGGGGGAGCGAGACACCGGUUUACACCCAGCGCUGUCUUUUACACACCGGACAUUGAAACGGGAAACGACGCGCGGAUUGCGAGCGAGCAGUGCCAUGGCGCGCGACUACGAUUACCUCUUCAAGCUCCUCAUCAUCGGCGACAGCGGUGUGGGGAAAAGCAGUCUACUGCUGAGGUUUGCAGAUAACACGUUUUCAGGUAGCUACAUUACCACCAUCGGCGUGGACUUUAAGAUCCGGACGGUGGAGAUAAAUGGAGAGAAGGUGAAGCUACAGAUUUGGGACACGGCAGGACAGGAACGCUUCCGUACUAUCACUUCAACGUACUACAGAGGCACACAUGGUGUGAUAGUGGUUUAUGAUGUGACGAGUGCAGAGUCCUUUGUAAAUGUUAAACGAUGGCUUCAUGAAAUCAACCAGAACUGUGACGAUGUUUGUCGAAUAUUAGUGGGUAAUAAAAACGACGACCCCAACUCAAAGGUAGUGGAGACGGCCGACGCACAGAAGUUUGCGGAGCAGAUGGACAUUCGGCUGUUUGAAACCAGCGCCAAGGAGAAUCUCAAUGUGGAGGAUAUGUUCAACUGCAUUACAGAGCUGGUUCUCAGGGCGAGGAAAGAGUCCAUGGCCAAGCAGCAGCAGCAACAGCAGAGCGAAGUGGUCAAACUCAGCAGGAACAGCAAACGCAAGAAGAGAUGCUGCUAACAGACUGGAGUUGUAGCGCUACACUCUCAGAGCCAACGAAACAUGCCACUGAACUGACAGGAGCCGGAAAACCGCCACAGAACGCAGCAUCCCGAGAGAGAAGAUCCAAAUCAAAUUUAAAGAGAUGUAUCUAUAUCUAUAUCGAAAUCUACUAAUGAAAUCCUUUCGGACUUUCUAUUUACAUACACGAUAGACUUGUGCAGACUCAAACGUAGAUUUAAGUGAACAUGGAUUCAAGUGGCCGCGACGCCCUUUGUGCAAAGGUCGAGGCCACAAUGGCCUGUAAAGGAGAAGUGUUCUCAUUUAUGUCUGUAAUCAUGCCAGCCCUCACCCACACACACGCACACACACGCGCGCGCCUAUUUUGACAUAAACACCCAUUUGACAUAUUGGUAUCUCAUCUGCUCAUUUUGUUUUGUGUCAUAUAGACAAGACUGUGCCAUUUGACACAAAUGAGGAUGAUGAUGAUGAUGAAUCAUGCCCCUUUCUUCUCGAGUGCUCCUCAUGCUUUUUUGAUUCACAGGAAGUCUGACCAGCCUGGACAAAACGCUCACAUUGCUGCCAAUCCCUCAUAGAUGAGUUAUUUUUGCUUGUAUGUUUUUUUGUUUGUUUGGGGUUUAACCCCCACCCACCCACCCCCCCGACCUUUGGCUUGAUUUUGUACAAUUUUUUUUUUUCUUUUUUUUUUUUAAACUAACAAAAUAUACCACUGUAAUCAGUUGCACAGGGGAUUUGGUGCCACCAAUCAGAGCUUUUUUGCUCUUACAGUGCCGAAGGAAAAUACUGGACCUCAGUGCAGUGAAAUAACUAAAUAUAUCUCAUAUAUGGAAAAGGGAUAACUGUAUUCUGAUCUACACACGAUAGUGCUAUUGGGAGAUUCAAAUCAGCCCUUGGGGACCACAUCCUUCAGCUUUCACUCGCCUGCUUCGCCUGGACUCGGGUGUGAUGACAAAGUGGCCAACUAUUAGCUACCACUCGUUCCAAAAUCCAGGACAAGGUUUGGAUCUGAAGACUCUUCACCUUGGAGAUAAAGAUAUCAGAGAUCGAGCGGAGCAUCUUAAGUAAUGAGAAUAGUACUGAAGUUGGUAAUAUAGUCAUUCUGAAAAAUAUCAUCAACAGUUGAGGAAUUAUCACCAAAUCCGGGUGAAUAUUCCGACACAUACAAGAUACGUAUUAAAAUCUAAAUAAAUACAUGUGCGUGUGAGCACACACUCGUCUUUAAAUAGCUCCUUUUGCAUAAUACAUCAGCAUAAUCCAACUAUGUUUUGAAUUCAAGGCACAGAGCUGAACGGAAAAUCCAAUCGUGUUUAGAUCUACACGUGAAACGGCACAUAGGUUCGAACGAACGUCUCGUCAAAGAAUUGAAACCGGAUCGUGAGCCGUAAACGUGCGCGUGCAUAUCAGUAUCGUAAUCUACACGAUGUACAUAUACAAACACGCAUGUCUGUAUGUAAACAUCAUUACGUGUGUGUUUUAUAUAUGUGUAAGCUUAACGAUCUGGUGUACACUGGAAGGAAAAAAAAGAUAUUUUGAUAUUUUGCCACUCAUUCAUUUUGUUCGCCUUAUCAUGAAUCUAACUGAGGAUAAUAAACAUUUGAAAGUAA